AGCCAUGCGCACUACAAAAUUUAACGUGGCAUCCGGAAAGACUGUCGUUGCAUUUGAGCUACGUGUUGUUACCGGCACAAACAGAUUUAUCCAUAAUGAUUGAAAUUUUAAAGACAGUUUUGAUAUUUGUAGUUGCAACGAUAUUCUUCGAAUCAGCUCAUUGUUUAUUUGUUAACAUAGAUGCAAAUGCCGAGGAAUGUUUCUUCGACAAAGUGACAUCAGGAACGAAAAUGAGCCUGAUGUUCGAGGUUGCAGAAGGUGGCUUUCUUGAUAUUGACAUAAAGAUUUAUGGUCCAGAUGGCAAAGUCCUUCAUCAAGGAGAAAGAGAAUCCAAUGGGAAAUACACCUUCGCAGCCCAUAUGGAUGGAAUGUACAAAUAUUGUUUUAGUAACAAGAUGUCUACUAUGACACCUAAAACUGUCAUGUUCUCAAUGGAUUUAGGAGACAAACCUAAAGGAGGAGAAAAUAUGGAAUCAGAUGCUCAUCAGAAUAAAUUAGCAGAAAUGAUCAAUGAAUUAUCAACAGCUUUGACAGGAGUUAAACAUGAACAAGAAUAUAUGGAAGUUAGAGAAAGAAUUCAUAGAUCAAUAAAUGACAACACCAAUUCACGGGUAGUACUAUGGUCAUUUUUCGAAGCUUUAGUACUAGUAGCAAUGACAUUAGGACAAGUAUAUUACCUGAAGAGAUUCUUUGAAGUACGACGGGUCGUGUAGGCUGAAAAAUAAUUUAGGAGAUACAAUUUACAAAUUCUCACACUGUGCAGCUAAAAUGUAACACCCAAUCAUUUUCAGAGGUUAUAGUGCUAACACAAUUGCAUUCUAGAAAGACAUACAAAUGUAUUUUUUUAUUAAAUUAACAUUUAUUGUCACAGUGUAUAUUUAUUAUUUAUUUGUUAUUAGGUUUGUAGGGAUAAUGAAAUAAUUUUUACCAGCAAGCAUCAGAAUAGUGCAUUGUUAUGAAGACAAGUUCUUAUUUAGAACUUAUACUUAUAGAAAAAACUAUUUUUCUCUAAAUGAAUUAUUGUCAACUGAAGUGAGGUUAAAAACAGAUGUGAAUUUCAAUUAGCUGGUAGCAAAAUACAUAGCUUGUAAAAUUACAAUUUGAAAGGAGUAUAAAGAAUAAGACAGCUUUGCAAGAUUAAAAAAAAUGACCCAAGUUUGAAUAUGCAAGAUGGUGAUUUUUAGUAAAAAUUGUCUAAACCAUCUUUACAUUUUCCCCCCGACAUGAAAAUGAUUAGGUUAGAUGUUUUAGCUUCUUAUCAGUUAUCAUCCAUCAUUCCAUAUUGAUACUAGUAAAUUGUACUAACAUAACAAUAUGUUUCAUCAAUAAAAGUCGGCCCGGAGGCAAAUGUGUGGGAAAUUAAAUUAUUGAUAUUUAUCUGAUAAAGCACAGUUGGCUUGCCUCUUACAAAAGAUUUGAUAUUUACUGUAGAAUUUAAAGUAUAUUUAAAAUUAUAAUAGAACAAAAGCAUCUGCCAAAAAAUGUAUAAAAAUUAAGACUAAAAAAAUAGAUAUGUCAGUGAGUUCCUCCAUAAAAUAAUUUAUUGAGAAGACUUCUUGGUGUUGUCUAGAAUAUAUAAAACCUUCAUAUGCUUUGAAUACCCUAAAAUUUGAAAAUUUAGUUAACAUUUUUUAACGUAUAAAUUUCAAACUCUAAAUUUUGAUACAAAAUAACAUAAAGUAAUUGAAAUUAGUCAUUUUCAUUCAUAAUUACUAGAAACCGAAAUUCUAUUCUUAUAUUAAAAUAUGGUAAAUGGUUCAUUUUUUGUUUAAUUUUAUAUUUUUUUUAGUUCAAAUAAUUGUUUAAAUAUAUGUUUCAAACUAUUUGUAUAUUGCUAAGUGUAGGAACUUAACAUUUAGAAUAUAGAAGGAAAGUUUUGAGAAAAAAAAAUAUUGUUGUAUCUAAUCAUAAAUUAUGCAACCAGGAUUUUGAAUACCUAUCUCUACGAUGCAGCUAUCAAGUUGAAACCAAUAUUAAUUCAUUCAUAUAAAAGCUAUUCUAGCCACAAUAUUAUUCUGCAAAAGCUUAUUCUUACUGAAAUUUUCCCUUAUAUUUUUACUUUAAUCAUUGUCUUCAUGCUAAGCUUAUUGUGUUCUUUUAUUAUGUAAUAAGUAUUAAAGUAUAAUAGGGGUAGUUAAGAUUUCAUUGGACUGCACAUGUAGUACAUGAUUUACCAUGAAUAGGAUACAAAGUACUGAUUCAGAUU